UUUUAUCGUCAACAUCCCUCUCUUCCGAUUGCAAACCUGAAACCAGUCUGCCUCUCAUUUGCUCACUUCAACGUUGCUUGCUCGUUAACUCUCUCCGCUCCGCCGCUGUACAACAAUGCUGGCUUCCAAGCCCAAGCCUGCUGCUAAACUCUCUGAAGCUUCCAACCACAAAGAAGCAUCCAACCGCAGGGCUACGUCGGCACCUCGAGUUGGCAGGCCAGUAAAACCUGCAGCAGGAGGAGCAGGACCGAGCAACACUUCCCCACUGCACCGUGCCUGCAUCCCGCUCGACAAGUCCAUCGACCUGCCAACAAAGCCAUUGCCAGGAGCAGGAGAACGCCGGUCCUUCAAGGCCGCUGCAGCCCGAACCUCGAGUGAGAAACAGCCAAGGACUGCAAAGACAUCGGAACUGCAGGCGCAGCUGGAUCUUGUGCAGGAGGACCUAAAGAAUGCGAGGGGGCACCUGGCCUCCAUUGAGCAGGACAAAGCCCAGGCCUUCGAGGACCUGGCGCUCGCCAAGAUGCUCGCCGAUGACGCCCACGGGAAGCUCGAGGAGUCGCUCGUCGCGCAACGGCGGGCCGAGGAGGCGCUGGAGCUCGAGAAGUUCAAGUCCACCGAGCGCGAGCAGUCCAGCAUCGAGAUGGCGCACAAGAUGGAAGAGGAGUGGAGGAGGAAGUACGACAACGUCAAGAAACGGCACGCCGAGGACGUUGCCUCUCUCAUCGCGGUGGCCAGGGAGCUUGAAAGCGUUAAGGAUGAACUGGCAGCGACGGUGCAAGCCAAGAACUCAGCUCUCAGUCAUGCUGAUGAGGUGCAGAAGAUUGCGAACGACAACGCGAAGAAGGUGGAGAUCCUGAUGGCUGAACUGGCCAGGCUGAAGUCUCAUCAUGGCACUGAACUGGAGAUCAAAGCGAAAGAAGCCACAGAAAUCAUCAAGAAGCUGGAGCGCGAAGCCUCUGAGUUAAGAGCUGAGCUCCACAAGGCAAAGGCGUUCGCGGAGAAGCUUGUCAAAGCAGAAGAACUGGUAGAGGGGCUCAAAGUUGACAUCGCAUACGCCAAGAGGGCGGAAGUGGAUGCCAACCAGUCGGCACAAGAGUGGAAGAAGAAGGCGGAGUCGCUGGAAACUCGCCUUGAAGAAGUCUCACUGUUGAACAAAUGCAACGAGGAGUCACUCGCGUCCUUGACAAACAGCUUUGAGGAUUGCACGUCCAUGCUCCAAGAUAAACAAUCACAAGUCCUCCAUCUCAAAGAGAAGGUUGCAUCCUUGGAGAAGGAAGCAAGUGGAUACAAGGACGGUUUCCUUGAGACGAGCAUGCAGCUCGACAAAGCAAGCAAGGAAGCAUCUGAACUAGAGGAGACCAUUGAUAGGUUGAAGUCUGAACAUCAGCUGCUGCAUGAGGCACAUCAACAGAUUGUUGUAACCGAGAAGACAGCGAGUGCGCAGGUUUCCCAUCUCACUGAAGACAAGAAAAAACUGCUCCAAGAGCUCGAUAACACCAGAGAAGAGAGGGAUAACGUCAAGAAGGCUGUCGGAGAUUUAGCGGCUGCGCUACGUGAAGUAUCAUCAGAGGCAAGAGAGGCCAAGGAAAGAGUCCUUGCAAAACAGGCAGAGCUAGACAAUGCACAGCUUCAGAUAUCAGAACUGAAGGAGGCAAUGAAGAAUGCAGAGGACAGGCACCAGUUAAUGCUAGAUGAGUCAAACUAUGAGACUGCCUGCCUCAGGAAAACAGUUGAGAAAAUGGGUUCAGAGGUCAAGGCAUCAAAGGAUGGAUGGAUAUCCAAAGAGGCCGGGUUUGUCGAUAUGCUCAAGAGAUCGGAUGAUGGAAUGAGCUCUAUCAAUACAGAGAUGAACAGGCUGACAGAGUCGCAGAGAAUUGCAGAGAAGGAAGUGCAGGAGCUCAAGGCAGACAAAACCCAGUUGCUUAAUAAGCUGCAAGAAUUUGAAUUUAAGGCGAUAAAUACUAGCUCGAGAGCUGAAGAAGCAAUGGCAGAAAGCUCGCAACUCAAAGACCGGCUGUCCUUUAAGGAGAAGGAGGUGCUUUCUCUGAAUCAUGAAGUCACCGACCUGCGACUUAGAGAGCAAGCCGCAUUAGAAAAAGCUAAUGAGCUCUCAAAGUUGUUUGCAGAGGUGACAGCGAGAAAAGCAGAAGAGGAAGAGGCAGCAAAAAACACCGAGAAGUCCAAGUCCCUGGUCACCAAGCUGGAAAUGGACAAGGUGCUAGAAUCGUUGAAAGCCGCAGAGUGUGAAGCCAAGGCUGCAAAGGACGACAAGGUGCAACUGCACAACAAGCUGAGGCUACUCGAGUCCAAGAUCACCGAGGCCAACCUGAUUUCAGAAGAGGCAAAGAUCACCAGCCUGAGGCUGAAGGAGAUGCUGGAAGACAAGGACAACGAGCUCGCGAGCAUUGCACAGGAGAACAACGAUAUGCGGGCAAGAGAAGCGGCUGCUCAAGCAAAGAUCGAUGAACUCGCCACGCAGCUUGCAGAGGCCACAGCCAGGAAAGGAGGAGGGUUGAAUGGAGUCGUUGCAGCCAGGAGCCCAGAGAAGCAGCCCAGUGUGCUUCUGAAGCUGAUGUGCUCGCCCAUGCAUAAUGUUCGAGAUGAUGAACCUUGCAAGAACAGUGAUCAGAGCAUCCAAAUGGAGGACAUUAAGCAUGUCGAAGUGGAGAUAGUCAAGCAGGUGAAGCAUGAAAAGGAGAGUGUAUCAGCAGUGGACGCCAACUCUUUGGAGAACAGCAAGAUCAUAGAGGAUGACCUGGCAAAGGAGAGGGACGAUGAUUCCGAGUCAAGUGACGACGACAUUGAGUCACCGGGGGACGAUGGACUUGUAGAUCAAAUGAAUGGACUGCUGAUCCAUGGUCCGACAUCAUCAUUCAACCAGGAGGAGCACAUCCAUAAGAAGAAGAAGGCUUUGCUGAAGAAAUUUGGGAGCCUACUGAAGAAGAAAGCUCACUUCACCAAGCUGAGCAAUCAUUCCUAG